UUAAACCAACGCACAAAGACUAAAUGCUGUCUCCCGCUAGAGAGAUUUAUGAAACAACCUGUGUAGCAAAUCGAGAGGACUCUGGAUGUACACUUCCUUUCAGGUUUCAACAGCAAGUGAAACCAUACAGCAAGCACAACUCGCCGACACUACACAACAGUAAACUUUGUUGAACACAGCAGGAGGACACACAGCAUGCACCCCGGAUGCUCCAUUUGUUGUUCUACAGCUAAGUGCACUGUACAUGACUCAGAUCUGAAGGCAGGCGAGGAUUGAGUGAAACUUGGUCAACGCCACAUCCAUCCAUGUGUAUCAUUUUCUUCAAGUUUGACCCCCGGCCUGCAUCCAAAAAUGCCUACAGGCUAAUUUUGGCUGCAAACCGAGAUGAGUUCUACAGCCGGCCGUCCAAAGCUGCAGACUUCUGGGCGAGCAACACCGAGAUCCUCAGCGGCCUGGACCUCGAAUGUGGGAAGGAAGGAGGAUCGUGGCUGGGCAUCAGCAAGCGGGGCAGGCUGGCUGCAAUCACCAACUACAUGGAAGGGGCUCUCAACCCCGAUGCACAGGGGAGAGGAUUUCUAGUUCCUAACUACCUCAUGGAGAAGGAUCUGGACAGCUACUCUUACCUAAAGAAGGUGUCGGCAGAAAGCCACUCGUACAAUGGCUUCAACCUCCUCACAGCGGAGUUCAAAGCCAAACAAGACUUUAUGUGUUACUAUGGAAACAGAGGCAGUCCCGAACCCAUCCAUCUGAAACCAGCAGGAAUCUAUGGCUUGAGUAACGCGCUGCUGGACUCUCCGUGGCGGAAAGUGCUGCAAGGCAAGAGUCACUUCAGCAGGGUCGUCAGCGACCAGUCCCUGUCCUGCGAUGGCCUGGUGCAGGAGCUGCUCAACGUCCUCAAUAACAAAGAACUGAACACACCUGAUCCCAUUCACGAGAGCCAGGGUAAGGAUUACACCAAGCAGCAGAUCCAGGCUCAGUCGGCGGUGUUUGUUCGCUCCCCUCAUUAUGGCACAAGGACCAAUACAAUUAUCCUGAUAGAUGCAGAAGGUAACGUGACCUUCACAGAGCGCACCAUGCUCAACGGGGACCCGGGCGAAUGGAGCACCAGUUCUUUCCAGUUCAAACUGCAGGUGUGACGACAUGAUGGAGGAAAGCCACUCGGUGCCUUUCUAUGUCACCUUUCAUUCCCGCCGGCCACCACCUUCCUCCUCCUCCACCUCCCCCUCAAGCUGCACCGUAGCAAUCAUGUGAAAAUGAAGAUCCGUAUGCACUUUUUUUGAGCUAGUUGAUUCUUGCUGCCUCAUUGACAUCAGUGAUAUGUAUUUCUUACUUUCGAUCUGAAAUGCAUCUUUUGAAAAUGUUUGCUAAUUUAAGAUUGCCAAAGAACAGUUAAAAUGUUGUAAAUGAAAAUAUUAUAACAAAACAGCAGGGUUGGGUGGCUUCUAAAGACUAAUGCAUAUCAGACUGCUGGUAACCUGCUUUGAUGUGUAAUCACUGCAGUCAUACACAAGGUAAUUUAUUAUUAAAUUGUUUCUGGACUACAAUUUGAAAUUAUUUUUAUUUUUACAAUAUAGGAAAACAUUGGGACGUUAGUAUAUUUCCAGAGAACAUAUAAUUUAAAUUGAUGGUAAGAAUUAUAGAUUAGAGUUGUCUCUGCUUUUUAAAAUGUUUGAGUACUGUGAUGCAGGUAAUUAGUUCUGGUCCAACACUGCACAAGUAGCGUCAGUGUUGUUUACAACAUAUUUUCCCAUAGUUUAAUGCAAACCGUUUGAGGCAAUUGCUGACCACUACCCGGGUGAGAAAAAUUAAGAAAUAAAUAAUGGAUUUUACAGCUGUUUGAUAAAAAAUGUAUCAAAGCACUC